GUCAUACUGAAGGUUUCAAACAACUGCGCCUUUUCGUAUUAUUUUCUGCAAAUCAUGGCUUACCAGGAUAAAAUUAACGAUUUCAAGUGCUGGGCGACUAGCCUGGGCUGCCCGCCCUCUGACCUGCCCAUCGACGAUGGCCUGGGAAGGAUCUUCAAGUCGGGCUCCAGUCUUCUUCUAAACCAGCUGCAGGCGCGCAUCCACCCGCAGGAGGUGGUGCGAGAACUGCGCGAGAACCUGCUGAUCGCCCAAGUGGCCCGCUACAAGGAUAAGGUGGUGCCCCUGGCUUCCCGCAGCUUCCAGCCGCCGGAGCUGCAGCGAUAUCAGAAAAUGCAGAAGCUUAAGGAGCAGAAGCAGAAGGCGGAGCAGCAUUUGUCCGAUGCCCGAAAGGAGUACCAGCGACUAGCCGCCAGCAUUAAGACCAAGAACAUUCAAACCAUCAGUGCCACGAACCGGAAGCAACUCCUGGAGGCCAAAUGCAAUAUCCUCAAGCUUAAGCUGCAGUCGCUAAACAAGAGCUCCGAGCAGGAGCAGACGACCAAGACCCAGAUCCUGGCCACCACGCCGGUGGUGUUGAACUCAAGGAAUGCUAGCGAGAAGCAAGCCGCCCGCGAUGUUGAAACGGCUCUCAAAAAGCUGGAGAACUUCUACGGCGUGUGUGAUGAGGACACCAAUGCCCACACCCUGACGGAGGCCAAACGGCAGCUGUGGGAUGAGAUGCGCACCAUCUUUGCGGACACACCCAACUCCACGCUGCUGAACGUCAUCAUGAAAAUCAAGGAGGAGCAGCUGCAGCACAUAAUGCACCUCAAUGAGGCCAGGGACAACCCGACAAUGAGCAAACCUCCACUCAAUAGCUACGAGGUGAAGCUGCUGAAGACCAAGGCCGACAUGCUGGGCCUCGCUGCGAAAUCCCUGGCCGCCCACAAGGAGUUGGAGGUGAAAGAGGCACGCUUCUGCCAGGAGUACAGCGACUUUGCGGACGAACUGCAGCAGAAGGUGCACAGCUUCAAUGGCAUCGAUGGCGACUCGGUGGAGGCAGAGGCCGCCGAUGAGCUGAUAAGCGACUAUCUCGUCCAGUACAACAUGCGUAACUUUAAUCGCGCCCAGAACGACUUCUUGCGCGAGCAGAUCGAGCAGCUUCGCCAAGAACUGGACGCCGGCAGCAACCAACUGGAGAGCCACGACCUGAAGCUCGGCUCCGUGAAAGAGGUGUACGGCGACAUCAAUGCCUCGAUCAAUCGCAUUCAACAGGACAUGGUGCAGCUGUCGCAGAUCAAGGACAAGAUCAUCUUCUCCCGCAACAUGAUGAAGAAUCUGCUGGACGACAUGCAGGCCACGGCGCAGAAGCAGAACGCCAAGUCCCAACUGAUGAGCACCAAGCUGAAGGUCAGCAACAUGUCCAUGCUGGGCGCCGAGAGCUUCUGUCUGGCCAACGACAGCGUCUUCUCCAGCACCAAAAUGGAACUCGAUGUUAGUGUUAUGAACUCUUCCAUGCGUCGCAGCUUUGACAACAAGACACUGAUGCCGGGUGGCGGCGAUCUCACAAUCCUAGUGCCACAAUCCGGAGCCACAGUGCCCGCACACCUGCUGGAGCUGAACACAUUUGCGGAAAUGCCACUGGAAAAGCUCAGCUGCCUGCCCAGAGCCUGCUCCUUCCUGCUGUCGGCCAAUCCGCUUAUCGUAGAGGGACAGGAGCUGGCCUCCACUGUUCAACUGUCGCCUGGUUAUUUGCUGACACCCUUCGGGGCCCUGCAGGAAGUCCGCAAACGCAUUUUGUGGGCGUCGGCAAUUGCCGCGCACAUGUCUGACUUGAAAUUGAAUUUGGAGCCGUUAAUUGUUGAUCCGCACGAUUUGAGGCUGAAGGCAAGCCGUCAGCAGGACGAAAUGGACCAAUUGCUGGACAACAUGCAGGCCAUUGGGGUGAAAAUCCAAUUGCAACGGGACAGAGCCGAGCGCAUCUAUCGCUUCCUGCUGGACAAUCCGCUGCGUCGCUUUGUGCCACCCAGCAAGCGCCACAACAACGGCUCCUUUGCGGACUACGAGUCCGACUUCAAUCUCUACUAUCGCAUGGCCACCAAUGGAGCCUCGAUGAGAGACUAGGUUUAGUAUAAAAUAUUCUAUUGUUCUCAUUUACAAACAUAUCCUUUUAAAACUAAAUGUAUUCCCAAAGAAAAGGUCUUGCUCGUUGGUUUUUCAAAUAUUUUUAUUGAUUUUUUUGUUUGUUCAUUUGUGUUUUUGUCGUUUAUCAUUUUUUUUUCUUGAAUUACAAAGUCGAAAUUGAUUUUAAUCGUCGUCGCAGCCACACAAAAACUGGGCUCAAAAAUCUUGUCUUGUUUAUCAAAAGAAUUUCGUGCUUAAGACCUAAGUAGAGAGAGAGAUGUUUACAGAUGUUUUUGCCUCGACUUAAUGCCGGUGUUAGUAUUAUCAUUAGGGUUUAUUCGAGUUGUCACGAGAAUACUUUAUUGUUUAUUAAAUAAAAAAUAAAAUAUCUCUGUUCCCCCCA